AUGCUGAAACGAAAAUGGAACAACAAGCAAUACUGUGGCGAUGUGGAAUCGGAUCCAUUCGACUACGUCUACCGGGGUAGUGUGUUUGAUCCUUUUAAAGAAUCGAAUAAGGUGCCAACGGUGAAAGAACAUACGUACAAUAGCGCAACUAUCGAUACGGAAGAUCUCAUCGAGGACAUUCAGAUGCCCGCCCAUCGGCUAACGGCUAAAGUGCGUCAACAGUACCUAUAUUAUUUGGAUAGGGUACUGCGUAAGAAUUAUCACACAUGGUUAGCAUCAUACAGCAGCAACCACAACGAUGAUCCGUUCACCGAUGAUGAGCUGCGACAGUGUGCCGAAACUAUUGAGAUGCGAGCGGUACAAUCUUGUAUGAUUACAUCUCUUUAUCGUAAUUAUAUUCUGCAGAAGCUUGGAGAAAUUCGUAAACAAACGGUCCUCGGACUGAUCCAUCCCAAUCUGACUGAUGUAAAGUUUAAGCCUGCUGUCGUGAAAAGGGAACAGUGUCACGUCGGUGUACAGACUGAAGCAAACAUAGCCCUCACCACUUUGAGUGUACCUACUGGAGACACACCAUUAGCGAAUGUUCCCCAGAUAAGUUUAGAAGAAAAAAUGCAACUAUUUCAACGUAAUAACAUCAUAGCAGAAAAAUCGUUGUACCUUGAGCUUUCUGGUGAUGGGAAUGUGUCGUCCGAGUGCACCACCUAUCCAGUACAAAAAUCGAAAGAAAUGCCACAAACGAUGGAUUCGGUUGAAGCAACAGUGGAAAGUAAACGGCCCCGUAAUGAGGCAAUGGAUGAUGAAAUUCUCAAGGAAUUGCAAGCAAUGUUUGAACCGUCGGACGAGGAAGCGACCAUAUUCGGGUGGUGCGCAGAUCAAGAGCGUUCGAGAAUGGUUGCAAACGAAAGGGAAACUAUUGAACCACUUCUAGGGGGAUCGCAUACAACAGGCACACAUUUCGUACGACCUUCGAGUCCCAAAAUCGAUCGAACGGUAUUACACCCAGCAGCAGUAACAUCAUCCGGGCCACAAGAUUUACGCUGCAGUAUGUGGCCUUGCGAAUUGCACAUGCAGCGAAUGAAAUUGCGCAAUUUGUUGGUAAAAAUAGCGGAAGAUAACUACCGUCGGUAUGAGCGGCUUGUGCAGAACCAGUUCGUGGCACUGUUUGGAGAAGACGAUGGAGAAGAGCAAGAUCUGGGUCCGUACAGUCCCACGAUUGAGCUGAACGAAGAGCUGGUGUCUAGCUGCCGGCAGCGUAUUGCCAAAUGGGUCGUGCAGGCCCUGAUGCGUCCCUUAAACGAUGGACUUAUAGCAAACAGAUUUCUCUUCAAGAAGUUGGCCAAGCGAUUAGCCGAUGGUAUAAUCUACUUGAACCAAUAUCCUGACAAAAAAUUCAUCCGGAACUACGUAAACGACUACUUUUGUUCACACUCGCAAAUACAAAGUAUCGAAGAUAUAACCUAA